UCAGUUGCUCGUUUGGGAUAGCUCUGUUGAACAAUUUUUAUCAGUGUUGCUAAUGAAAAUAGUCUAAGGUAUUGUAUAUGUGAUUUAUAUGAGCUACUUCAUUUAGUCAUUGAAACAUCUCUGGAAAUGCUGCUUCUCAUUACAUAUAAGAGAAAGCUGCUCAGAAUCACAUAUUUAAAGGGAGUAACUCUAUUCAGUUGGGUGUCUUAGACAUCAUUUAUCAGUAGUUCCUUAAAAUUUUUUCAAGGGAUGGUCAACAUGGAGCCUUUUGAAAACCUUGUGAAUCAUUUCCCAUAGAAAAAUGUACAUAUGAACCCAUGUAGUAUGUUUUCACUUCAGUUUGUACCUCUAUAAAAUUGUCAGAUCUCCUGAGUCCUGUAUGUGGAACCCAGGUUAGGAAUCCCUGAUUUAUGACUUAGUAAAAAUGUUAAGAAGCUCUGGAUAUCUUUCUCACCCUUGUCACCUAAAGGAAAUAAUAUUUAUUUACAUUAUGCCUUAUUCUAGAAAGAAUUGAAGAAGGCUGAGAGGAAAUUGUCAGGUAUCACCAACUCCACUGAGUAUAUGCUAAAAUAAAUAAAUUUUCUUAUAGCAAGCAAGAUUCAGAAAGAUUUGAUUUAUGAAACACUUCCUAACGGUCAGGUUUUAUCUGACUUUGCUACAUAGCGCCCUUAAUCUGUUUCAGUAACCUAAGCAUGAAUAUUUUGAAAUAAGGUACACAGUUAACUGCUUCAGAGUAGUAUAAACAAAGUUGCUGUGCCUAGAGGUAGGAGGAGAUUAGGAUGGUAGUUUAGUGAUUAGUUACAUUUCUUAGGGAAUACUUUUUUGAAUUUAAUCUUCUGGUCUAUCAAAGAUAAAUCCUGUAGAAAAGGUGUUGUAGUAAAUGUAGAAUGUAAUAAUUUUCUGAAUUAAUGAACUAAUGUUAUCUUAUACUUGAUAAACUCAUUGUUUAUUUGGACUAAGCCUAAAGACUGUAUUUAGAUUCUAGCUCAGUUUGAUUUUGUAGAAGAAAAGUUGUCAAUUUAUAUGGGAUCACUUAAAGCUUCAAUAUAUGAAAAAUUAUUUAGACUUUGCUAGUUGUUUAAGACUAGUUAGUUUAUAAAAUUGUUUUUCAAAUAUAAAGUAAUUCAGAAUAUCAGAAUGUUGUUUUCUUCUGCUGCUUUUAGCUAUUUUCAUGUUACUUCAGUUCUGAUCUCCCCUGUUUUUUACCUUGACUUGUCAUUUAAAAUGAAAGCAUUAAAUUUGCUGAACAGAGUGAAGAAUCUUAAACAUGUAUGUGGUUUUAAGUAAAUAACGAUAGAAACACUAUAAAUUAGUAUAAAUGUUUGGAAUUUAUUUUUAAUAUAUAUUUUUUAACAUUCUGAUUUAUAGUUAUGUUGUGAAUUGAAUAAUUGUAUUUCUACUUUUCCCUUUAAUCAUUCUUGACAUUUGAUUUUUAAAUGGAUGGUAGCCCAUCUGCACAGGGCUCUUGUGACUGAAUGAUGUAUUCUGUUUUGCUGUGGCACAAUUUUCAGACAGCCACUUUUGUUCUUAAAAAUUUUCAUUUUCUAUAGUACUUUUCAUCCCUGUAUAUAUGUACAGGAGUCACUUCACCCACCACCGAAUUGCAGCCACUUCUGAGGUGGAACGCAGCAACUGUUUAACAGCGCACUUUCCCCUAGGUGCUGCCAGCUGCAGAAGAAUUGUACAUGGUCCUGUACAGAAGGUAUUUCUCCACUGUGCCAUCUGCAGAGUGAAACUGACUAGGAGUACUACAUAGACUGUACUACUGAGCGAGUGUGCUUGAUCCAGGGAACAGUUGAAGCACUGAAUGCAGUUCAUGGCUUCAUUGCAGAAAAAAUUCGAGAAAUGCCCCAAAAUGUGGCUAAGACAGAACCAGUCAGCAUUCUACAACCCCAGACCACCGUUAAUCCAGAUCGCAUCAAACAAACAUUGCCAUCUUCCCCAACUACCACCAAGUCCUCUCCAUCUGAUCCCAUGACCACCUCCAGAGCUAAUCAGGUAAAGAUUAUAGUUCCCAACAGCACAGCAGGUCUGAUAAUAGGGAAGGGAGGUGCCACUGUGAAGGCUAUUAUGGAGCAGUCAGGGGCUUGGGUGCAGCUUUCGCAGAAACCUGAUGGGAUCAACUUGCAAGAGAGGGUUGUCACUGUGAGUGGAGAACCUGAACAAAACCGAAAAGCUGUUGAACUUAUCAUCCAGAAGAUACAAGAGGAUCCACAGAGUGGCAGCUGUCUCAAUAUCAGUUAUGCCAAUGUUACAGGUCCAGUGGCAAAUUCCAAUCCAACCGGAUCUCCUUAUGCAAACACUGCUGAAGUGUUACCAACUGCUGCAGCCGCCGCAGGGCUAUUAGGACAUGCUAACCUUGCUGGCGUUGCAGCCUUUCCAGCAGUUUUAUCUGGCUUCACAGGCAAUGACCUGGUGGCCAUCACCUCUGCACUUAAUACAUUAGCCAGCUAUGGAUAUAAUCUCAACACAUUAGGUUUAGGCCUCAGUCAAGCCGCAG